UGCGGACCUGUGUUCACCGCCGUUGCGGCUCCGGUAAAAGCUACUGCAGCAGGCAGCAGGUGAAAAGGAUUGCUCGUGGGUCGGGUCCCACAGUUUCUCUCUAGCAUACUCUUCUGAACUAUGCUUGUUUUCUCUGCUAUUCUGGUAACCACAGAACAUGAGUAAAGAUUCUCAAAUGAGGGCUGUAAUCAACCAGAAGUUAAUUGAGAUGGGCGAGAGGGAGAGAUUGAAAGAAUUGCUUCGAGCCAAACUCAUAGAGUGCGGUUGGCGGGACCAACUCAAAGCCCAUUGUAAAGAGGUAAUAAAAGAGAAAGGUCUGGAGAAUGUGACCGUUGAAGACUUAGUAGCUGGAAUCACUCCCAAAGGAAGAGCUUUGGUUCCAGAUAGUGUGAAGAAGGAACUUCUGCAAAGAAUAAGAGCUUUUCUGGCGCAGCACGCAACAUAAUGGAAAUGCUUAUGACGGUGUCUCAUAAAUAAUGUGAUCCAUUCCUUAUUGUGAUUAGUUUGUCUUUUCUUUUGUUUUUGUAUAAUUGCUUUCAAUUUUUGCCCGUCAAUAAAAUUUGGACAGUUUUGUA